GUAUGAUAUUCAUAUUAUCGUUCAUAAAUAUGUGUAGCAAGUAGAAAAAUUAAAGAUACAUGAUGAUUGAUUUUGCUGGAACAGAACUGAAUUAAGCAACAUUAAUAUUAGAAUUAUCAAAGUGGAACAUGUACCAAGUAUUUAAAUAAUCGCGAAUGAUGAAUGCACAUGUAUAAUAGUACAUAUAUAAUCGAAAGAUAAGUCGUUGAAUAGUACAAAUAAUAGUACAUGGUCAAGAUCAUGUGCCGAUUCGAUUUCUCAGCGUCAUAUUUAUAAAGCACGAAUAACACCGCUUUCGAGAGUCUCUAAAAUAUUUGACGCUGCUGUAAUCGAGAGAUGGGUUCUCGAAUGUUGUGGGUCCCUCGAUUUGGCCCCCAUCGGGGGGCACUCGAUAGGGGAAGGUCCCCUUCCUCCUGUCCAACUUUAGUCUCGGGUCUCGCGACCGUCUCACAACGCUUACGGGAGUUUGUAAACGAGUCGCCAUUUAGUAACGUGAGAGAUGCGUGUCUCUCCGCGUGUCUGUCUUUUCGUUGGAUAGUUUCUUCCUAAAAAAAAAAAGAAAGAAAAAAACGUAUCCAGAAUCGUGACGGACUGCUCGGUGAUCUUGAUCGUGUUUUUUUUUCUCUAUGUCACGGGUCGAACACGAUCUGGCCAGGAGUAUAACAGUGUAUUCUAAGCAGUACGUGUGUGCCAUUCAUGGACAAUGGGCAAGGACGAUCGUUUCAGUUUCUGCUCGUGCGUUUGUUUACCUGAUCAGACAUAACCGUGGCGACGAAAUACAUCGUCGUUGCGUCUAACAGGUGGAGUUACCAGGAGAACGAUUCGUCCGCGGUGUUAGUUGCCCUCGAUCGUUCGAACGAAACUGCAACAUUAUUUUACGCGAAUUAUCGCCUACCGUGUUUACCAUGCUAAUUCGAUACUGUACGAUAAAGAUUAUACCAAGGUAGUGCAACGUAGUCGUGGAAAAUAUCGUCGUCAGUCUGUUCUAGUGGAAGAGCUAAUUCCUUUGUUUUGCAUUCUCGAUGAGUUAACGGACGUGUGCCGUUUGAAAAAAUCGACGAAGGAAACUGUCGAAUAUAUCGAAUAUAUCGAUGUCCUGGAAAAUGGCGAUCAUGACUAACAUGUUUCGAGAUGGAGAAGAAGAACGUGUUUCAUGUGUAAAAUCUUGAAAAAAACUUUGUCCUACCGUGUUAUCGCUGCGAGAUCCCUGCAGAAAUGAAAAGUGAUUAACGAUUAACGCGUGCUUACUUUCACGUGCACGCGACGCACCAGCGAUUCCGCUUUCUUCAAAUCGACUGAAAAUUUUCCUAGUAUUCUUCAGUUCUUCACUUUCAUUUUUCUACUUCUCCCGUCUUGAAUAGCGUAACAUGCUUCUGAGAGACAAACGGAGGAUUAUACGAUCCUCGUUAUCGUUAGAAUAAAGCGUGUUUGUACACGUGUGUUCUCUGAUGAUUUACGUGCAACUGCCUGUGGUUCGUGUCCGUGACGCAACGAUCCUUGGAAAUGCAAUUUAUUUUUAUUUUUCAAUCGUCUCGUUCGUUCGUUGUAUAAUAGAAAAGUUUCAACAAGAAACGGAAAUGUGGAAUGUUGAUUGAGGAAAAAUCUCGACUAACCAAACAUAACGAGGAUGCUGCUGCAUGCGUUAUCUGUAACGUGAGAAAAUAACUCUCUCGCAUCUCAUUGCCGUGCUUAUUACGAGUGAUAUCGUGAAUGCGAAUCUAGAUUCUUAGCCCAGCGCGUGCUGCAACGUGUUGUGCCGCUGUCCGAUAUUUUACAUUCGAGUUGGAAUCGGUUUUUACACACGAUCUACUUGAUCAUUGACUAUUAUUGCAUUCGCAUUUCUAAUCCCCUACGUAACAGUAAUUAUGCACCCGAUGAAUGGGAACCUGUGUUAAUUGUGAAACACCGCGUGGACUUGACAUGAUGGCCGACGUCCGCCAACCGUUAGAGUUUAAACUUUCUUCCGAUAUUGUUCGAUUGUUUUUCGAAUUGUCCGGCGUUUGUCAGAAAUAAGACUCUAUAAUAAAAUUAGAAAAUAAACAUUACGUACUCGAGAAGAAACGUGAGCUCCGAGUUUUCACUUUUCUCUAAACGAAUAUCUUUUGUUUCUCGUUAAUAACUUUAACAAACUAUUGACUUGUCGAGUGUGUAGAAUCUUGAUUGAUAUCAUGUAAAUGCAAAAGGAUGCGAGAAGAUAUAUUUAGCUAUGCCAUAAUGAAGACUAUUCGCGUGGUCUAUGGAUGGUGUUAAAGUGUAAACUACACUUUGUACUUUGCAACAUGUCUCGUAAUUGUGUUAUUCAGUGAUUUCGAUAAAAAGAAAAAGUCCUCUUCAUUACGAUGAACGACACUGAUAUGUUGUUAUCAAGCAACCAUCGCUGCUUGCACAGAGGAUUAAAGAAAUAUCCGAGUAUCGAUAAAAAACUGUGGGAUCCAAGUAGUAGAUGGAUUCUUCAGUGGGAUAAUAUCGUGAAACAUCCAGGCGCUCGAGCAAGAGGCUGCCAUUGCGAUAUUCACAAACCACCAUGGCUAUAUCCAGAUUUAGGUCAAGCUGGUGCCGUCGACGAGGAAACUUUCAUUACAGCGUUUGAAGAUGUGCCAUCCGUAAAUCUGUUUUCCGCCAAAGAUCUGGAAGAGCAGAUGAAAAUUAUAAAAGAUAACGUUGGUGACGAUAAGAAAGAUUGGAAGCAGAGGACAGAAAGUAUGAAAAAAUUAAGAGCAAUCAUUAUUGCGGGUGGUACGAAUUAUGAAAACUUUUUAGAAAACUUGAAAAACGUGCAAAGACCCUUCGAAGUGGCUUGCACAGAUCUUAGAUCGCAAGUGGUAAGAGAGGCGUGUAUUACUUUAGCGUUUCUUAGUCAACAGUUAAAAAAUAAAUUCACUACUUUUGGAGAAGCAGUCUUACUCACCUUAAUGAACCUCAUACAAAAUAGUGCCAAGGUUGUGGCAACAGCUGGUGCCGUAGCAGUGAGGUUUAUUCUUCAGAAUACACAUAGCAGUCGUUUCGUGCCAAUUAUCACGUCGUGUUUAAGUCACAAGAGUAAAGACAUACGUCGUGCAUCAUGUGAAUAUCUAAAUCUAAUUUUACAAAUAUGGCCUACUCAAAUAUUGCAGAAACACGUAACGAUAUUACAAGAUACGAUCAAGAAAGGUAUCGCCGACUCGGAUUCGGAAGCAAGAGCUUUUGCUAGGAAAUCAUAUUGGGCAUUCAAAGAUCAUUUUCCGGAACAAGCAGAAGCAUUGCUCAACAGUCUCGAUACUGCAUAUAAACGCUCAUUGAUGUCUCUUAGUAACAGCGGUAGCAUCAACAGUUUAAAUGUAGUUACGAGAUCAGCAAGCGUUAGCCCUCGAACAUCCAGACCAGUAAUAAGUGCUACAGAUCGUGGAACUCCUGGCGUUAGGUCUACCAGUGCAAUAGAUUUACAAGCUGCACAAAGAGCUAAAGCGAGAAUGAUGUACGCGAAUAUGAGCCGACAGAAAGCAUCUCUCCCUAGCAGUAGAUCAGGAUCGCCAUCGUCAAGACUGAGUUAUGCAACAUAUAAUCGUGAAGGAGAAUCAUUAAUUGCAAGACCUAGGCGAUUAUCUGGACAUGGAAUCAGAAGUACUGGUAACAGUCGUGAACCAAGCCCGCAAAGGUUUGGAAUGGAUAGAAGUUUUGCAAGCAAAAUACGGGGAAGAAGUUUACACAUGUCUCCAACGGACAGGCCACAAUCUAGACCAGUUAUGGCGCAAAAAAUGUUGCAACAGUCGCGUGAAGCGGAAUCAGCGUUGGCGGAUGCACUUACGUUUGAUAGCAUUGAUAGUUAUACAAGAACACCAAGAGGAAAAGGUGAUCACAGUGAUGAUAGUGAAACUAGCAGCAUAUGCUCUGAACGCAGUAUGGACAGCUUUAGGCGACCAAAUGAUGAUAUUAAGGAAAUCAUAGAAAAUUGUGCACAUAAACAUUGGGGCGAUAGAAAAGAAGGUUUAGUCGGAUUGCAACAUUUUCUUUCAAAUGGAAAUACACUUACAGCUACGGAAUUGCGCAAAGUAACGGACAUUUUUACGAAAAUGUUUAUGGAUUCUCACACAAAAGUAUUCAGCUUAUUUUUGGACACACUGAAUGAAUUGGUAGCUACUCAUAGUGAAGAUCUUGGUGACUGGCUUUACGUAUUGUGUGCGAGAUUAUUAAAUAAAUUAGGGACUGAUUUACUUGGAUCGAUACAAGCGAAAAUUCAUAAAACGCUUGAAGUUGUUAGAGAAUGCUUCCCAGGAGAGCAACUUUUACCUGCUGUAAUGAGGUAUUUGACGGAUCCAACACAAACACCAAAUUCUCGCGUCAAAAUAGCCACACUUACGUUUAUUACACAAAUAGCAGAAACAGCAGAACCGUCUGCGCUUAAUAAUUCUGCAGGAACAGCGCUGGCAAGGUUACUCGACUGGUCAAAGGAUGUUAAAAGCCAAGAUGUUAGAAGGCAUGCACAAAGCGCUGUUAUAUCAUUGUAUAAUUUAAAUCCUCCGAAAGUGACUAUGAUAUUAGCUGAAUUACCGAAGUAUUAUCAGGAGACAGCAUUGCCACUGGUGCAAAAUCAUUUAAGAAAAUCGUCAGGUUCAAGUAAUCCCGCAUCUCCUGGAACUCCGCCGCCUAGAGCACAGAGUUCACCAGCUCGUUCAAAAGGUAAAGGUGAUAUCGACAAUGCGGAUGAAAACUUGGAAGAAGUUUAUAAUGCUUCCCACAGAUCUUUAAGACGUACGACGGCAGAGAUACAAAAUUAUGGUUUCGAACGUUUGGAAAGAGCAACUACUAGUAAAGACAGUGGAAUUAGUAAUAUGGCUGAUGUAGAAGAAAAAAUGGAGGGACUUACAUUGUGUAACUCGGGUCGUUCGUCUUCUGUUUCUUCGCCUACGCAAAGAGGGCGAAGUGUGACUAAUAUUACAGUUAAUGGUUCAAGUGAUACGAUCGCGGGAGAUCUUAUCCUACCUCAAGAGAAUAAUGGUUAUAAAACGCAUGGUUCAUCGCCUGAUUCGAUAAAGAGGCCAGAGAUAUUAGAUAAUAUGAUUAAAACGUUGCAAUCUAAAAUGACACAAACUGAAGAAAAAAUAACAGCUCUACAAGAAUUUCAAUUAUAUGUUCGCGAAGGAGAUGCCUUAAAACUGCUCAAAACGUUAUUAGAUAGUUUGACUAACGAUAGCAAGGGAAUGCAAGUAGAAGUGCUUCAAACUUUAAUUGAUAUGCUUAAGUGUCAAGAACUUGUAGAUAGUUUUUCUGUUUACCCUGAAUUGCUGGUUUUAAAAGUAAUUAACGCAUAUAAGUUAGACGAUCAGAAACAAGAUUCUUCCGGUAGCAGUAAUUCAAGAUCUCCGGUUCUCUGGAUGGCGGAGAAAUGUGCUGCAACAAUAGCGAUGGUUUUGAAACCGGAACAAGUAAUUCACUUAGUAUCGACUAUAAUAACUACCGAACCAUACCCGUUGAAUAUGGGCGCGAUAAAAAUGCUUCAUAAGGUUGUGGAGCAUUGGGGUCGCGAUGCAAUAGAACCACAUUUAACUAAAGUCAUGCCCGGUCUCAUCAAAGCGUACGAUGAUAAUGAAAGCGCAGUACGUAAAAGUGCCGUGUUUUGUAUGGUAGCAAUACAUUUGGCAGUUGGUGAAGAACUGUUGAAACCACAUCUCAAUUGUCUGUAUACCAGCAAAUUGAAACUUUUAAAUAUUUACAUACAACGUGCGCAACAAGCAAACAGUCAACCAGCAAGCCCACGUAGUAAUAGCAAAAAUUAACUAACAUCAAAUUCCGCGACACUUAGAAUCGCGAUACUCAAGAGGUUUACUCGUUUGAGUGCAAGACACGAACGAAUGUUGAUUGACUUCCUGAGUAAGUCUAAUCCGUGAAGAUUAUGGUCAAAUAAUAAAACCAUACAAGUCGAUGUUCUUUAAUACGAUAGACUGAUCUGUACGAUUUUAUGGCAAAAUGUGUACGAUAUGCCCGAACUCCUGACAGUGAUGUUGCACCAAAACAGGUAGUAUACAAGUUAUUUACGUAUAUUGUUUUGUUUGCCAAAAAUUUAUACCUGUUGCAAAGAGAGAAUCGUUUUAGAUAUAAGAUUUCUCCAGUCAUAAUACAUGUAUCUUUUAUUAAUACGUUACAUCUUGAUGUUAAGUUGCAGCGUUGUUUCUUGUGGUGAAGAAGAAAA